UUUGAACACACUAUCAGCUUUAUCGGAUGAGAAGCACGCAACUGUUCAUGGUGUCCGCAAACAAAUUGGAUGAAAAGCCAGCCUGGAAAGGAGUGUACACCUUUUCGGGGACCGUUAUGCAGAGCAGUGAGGCAUUUGUAAAGUUAAUGGAUGAUAAAAAUGAGGAGUGACGGAUUUAAAAUUGCUUUAGUGUUGUGUCUUGCUUUCGUCGCUGCAGGAGGACAACAUUUCGAAAGUAAAGUGGCCCAGUUACUCCAAGACGAAACGGAGGAUAUUAAAUGUUUCGUGGAAGGAAAGGAUCUCACGUGCUUUUGGGAAGAGGAGGACGAGAGGAAUAAUUUACGCGACCAGUACACCUUCACGUAUUCGUACGAAGGGAAUCAGAACAAGGCUUGCGCGGUUUUCUCCCUGUCUUUGCUGGCCAGCAACAAAACCAUCAUCUUCUGCAAACUGCCCAAAACCCCGUUCUUCACGACCCUCGACGUGCAGGUUUCCCGCGAUGGCCGGACGCUCUACGCCCGCAGCCUCAACGCUGAGAAUUUCUUGCUUCUAGAUCCUCCCCGAAACCUCACGGUCAUGAGCUCGGGGAAGGAAGGGCAGUUAAACGUGAGCUGGCUGCCUCCUCCGCUCAAAUACAUGGACGACAGUAUGAUAUACGAGGUCAGAUACGCCGUGGAGGGAAGUAACAUGGGCAAGGUGGAGGUCGUAAAGGUCAGCACGAUGCUGGUUUUGCUCGGCUUGCAGCCCGACACCAGAUACAAGGUCUGGGUCCGUGUCAAACCUGAUGGUGUUGCCUACAAAGGGUACUGGAGUGCUUGGACCAAGCCUGUGUUUGGAGUCACGCCGCCAAGCGACAUGGAUCCACUGAUCGUGUUACUGGUUCUUUUCAUUGGACUGAUCCUCUGCCUGCUGUCUCUGGCUCUGAUUCUGUCCCACCACAAGUUUCUUCUUAAGAAAUUCUGGCCUGACAUCCCGAAGCCAGAGCACAAGUUUCCAGGCCUUUUUACUGUCUACAAAGGGGAUUUUAAGGAGUGGAUGAGCCAAAAUAACGGCAGCAUGUGGGGCAGAUCGGUCCAAGUGUACGCAGAGGAGCUUCCUUCGCCGCUGGAGGUUUUGUCCGAGGUUUCCCUGCCCAGCCACGGCGCGUCCCAGAGAGAGGAGAGGAAACCUGCGGAGGAGGAAGAGGAGAAGGACGGCGAGCGCCCGGACAGAUGGAGGGAACCUCCUCACGCUCACUUGCUCAUGGAGCAGCUGAGGGCGCUUCGAGAAAACCCCGACUCUCACUCCCAGUCGUCUCUGCUGCAGUCCCACGACACCUACGUCACCCUCGACCAGGGAGAGAGCGAGCGGCGGGCGGACGACGUCUUCGAGGAGACCCUACCGCUCCAGACGCUCUUCACCGCCGCAGGGACGUCGUCCUCGAGCGCCUCGCGCUCGGACCUCGGCUCCCUGCGGCAGAGCUCGGGCUCGGGCAGACUGUCGUCGCAAUCCAGCUUCGAGUAUCCCAACCACACCUGGCCCCCCAAGGGCCCCGGAUAUGCCUACAUGGCGGUGGCGGACUCGGGGGUCUCCAUGGACUACAGCCCGAUGAGCUCCGGCAGGAUCGCAGAGCUCGGGAGACACCGAUUGUACACUAAUGAUUACAAAAACGAGAUUUUCCCUCACAAGUGGCCACUCUCCGGUCAGUACAUUAAAUCCGGAUCAGAGUCCUGCACGGGGCCCGUUUGGUAAACCCACAAACCUUCUCGUAGGUAACCAGCCAUUGACUUGCAAUAGAAAGAACCGAUAUGUACAAGACUACAAAUUCACAUCAGGAUCUGCUUUCCGUUUGAGACAUGACGUUUAAGGACAUACGAAAACACUAGGAUCUUUUAGAUGGAAAAAAAUAAGCUAACAUUUUAAUAUUUACUACGGCAGCUGUUGAUGAAACGUUGUACGGUGUAGCACCAAAAUGCCAGUGGAGAGUUUAAUUUCUUUUUAUAUUGAGAAACAUCGUUGGAUAAUUGUGUUUUUUAAGCCUCUUUGUGGCAAAGCGCCCGAGUGCAGUUCACGCAUCGUUCUGUUUCUGAACCCGUCUUGUAAAUUGUACAUAGUAUAUGUAUAUAUUAUACAGUUUUGUUUUUUUUAUAUUCUGUUUUUGAGUAAAUGGGCAUCUUUCAGAUCUGUAAGACGUUCAGGCGUCAGACGUAACCACCAUUAGGCCUUCUUUAUAGGCUCCUUCGUGGGUAACUCAAAAGAAGGACAAUUCAUCCAUCCGUUCUUAGCUCUUCUGGUGCAUUCUGGGAAUGCUUGUAUAUGGUUGAUUUAGGCCAUUUCCCGACACGUUAUCGACAUUUGCGAUUCAUUUUUCUUUUAUAAUGUGACAUUUCUGAGUGAAUUCUUUUUUUGUAACACAACGUGUAGGGAGACCUGAUUAGAUCGAGAGCGGUGGGCGUUUCGUGCGAGCGCUUGCAGUUGAUUACGGAGGACUACACCCUUCUUAAAACACCACCGAUACCCAACAGCUGAAACUUAACGCGCUUUGUUUGCCUUGAACAAAAAAGAAAGCCAUGUUUUUAGUUCUGUUAAAUAAUGUGCAGUGAUGUGUAUUAACUGGAUCUGCGCAUUGGUUACAGACGCAGUAUGAUCAAAUUACUGUACAAAAAAAUUCCAGCAUCAGUUUUACUUUAGCUUGUUGGCUUUCUUUAUAUGUUCUUUAAUUGUAAUCCGUAAGGUUGAACCAAAUGUUCUGAAAAACUGAUUUAAGAAGGUAAAUACCAUUUUUUUAAAUACAGAAACUUGCCAAAAAAAAAAAAAAAAAAAAAGAUGUGUAUACCAUUUCUAACAUGCAUUUUCUUUCACAUGCAGUCCUGUCUAUCCAAUGUUACAAUGCGUGUUUUUAUUUUAUAAUUGCAUUUGUAAUGAGAUUGAAAACCUAUAAAUUUAAUCCAGUAAACAGCCAUUUGUCUUUUUUCUAUCAGCUCCUAUUUUGGUCUGGAAAGAAAAGGGUUUUUAUUUAUAGCGUAAGUAGAUCCAAUAAAGUCUUUUUAUUUGAUGUUU